UCCCAGAACAGCCUCCAUCUUUCCAUGGACAGAAUGAGAGGCCUUCUGUAACCAGGCAUAAUUGGCCAUCAUGGGGAAAUUGAUCAGGAUGGGGGCACAGGAAAGGCGGUUACUCCGGCCAAAGCGGCUUCACUGGAGUCGCCUCCUCUUCCUAUUGGGAAUGUUGAUCAUCGGUUUCACCUACCAGCACCUGAGGAGCCCCCGAGGCCUCUCCUCACUGUGGGCAGCAGUCUCUUCCCAAUACUCUAUAAAACUGACCAGCCGGGAUCUCCCCAACGAUGAGAUGAUGAUGGUGAGCGGUGACCCUCCAAGAACUAGCUCUGAAAUGGAGGGUGAGACACUGGUGCCCCAAGCCACAGUGGGCAGGGAUGAAGCAACACCUGGCAUAACAAUGGAGAACACCCCCAGUACUCCCAGAAGAAUAUCCAACAUUACUCCAACAAUACCCAAGAAGAACUAUAGCCCAACAGCAGCAGGUACAGAAAGAGUGAAGGAAAACACCACAACCACACCUAGUGGAGUAUUGAAUCACUACACCCCAACUUCAAGCAGACCAACAGUAAAGAAUUACACCUCAACAACACCCAGGGGAGAAAUGGAAAGCUACCGCCCAACUCAAGCCAGGGGAAAGGUGAAGAAAUAUACCCCAUUCCCACUUGGUAGAAUACUAGGCAAUUAUCCUCCAUCCACACUCAUGACAAUGACAAGGAGCUCUGGGAUCACCUCCAGAACAACAGUGAAAGACAGUGAAACUAUGGCAACCAAUAAAAUAUUGGAGACAAACCCCUCUAAGAGAAUAGUGGGGGAAACCACUCCAACUACUCUCAAGGAAAUAAUUGAUAACACUCCAACUUUCCUGAUAAAUGACGUAGAAACAAACAUCUUGACUUCUCCAAGGAGUAUGGUGGAAAAGAACACUGUGACUACCCCCAGAAGAGUGGACAAUAACAGCUCAACCAGGCCCCGGGGGUUACUGGGAAAGAACAACCUGGUGACUCCCCAGGGCACGGUCCUGGAGCACAUUGCAGCCAUCUCUGAGGGGCAAGUGACGAUAAGCACCAUGACAGGCAGCAGCCCAGCAGACAUGAAAGCCUCUACUACUGCCUGGAGUGUUAGGAAUCCCUCGUCCAGAACCAGGGCACCAACCACUGGAAUAUCCUCAUCCACCUUCUGGGGGCUGGCGAAGAAACCUUCCACAGCAUCCAGCACCUCAGCAACCCCCAGGGUCAGGGCAAAUCCAACCACCCAGGUCCGUCACUAUGUGGUUGUAGAGCCAGCCCCAGCGGUGCCCACUGCCCCUUCCCCCAGCCUGACAACGGCUGUGAUCCCAGAGGUGCCCAGUCCCAGUCCCUCAGCGCUGCCUCCUGGCUGGCCAGACCUUCCCCCCAAGGGAGAGUACCCCCCAGACCUAUUCAGUGUGGAGGAGCGGCGGCAGGGCUGGGUGGUCCUGCACAUCUUUGGCAUGAUGUAUGUUUUUGUGGCUUUGGCCAUCGUGUGUGACGAAUACUUCGUCCCAGCCUUGGGCAUCAUCACAGACAAGCUGCAGAUCUCUGAGGACGUGGCAGGUGCCACGUUCAUGGCUGCUGGAGGCUCUGCCCCCGAGCUCUUCACCUCCCUCAUCGGUGUCUUCAUCUCCCACAGCAAUGUGGGCAUCGGCACCAUCGUGGGCUCUGCUGUGUUCAACAUCCUGUUUGUCAUUGGCACCUGUGCCCUCUUCUCCCGGGAGAUCCUCAACCUCACCUGGUGGCCCUUGUUCCGUGACGUCUCCUUCUACAUCCUUGACCUGAUAAUGCUCAUCCUCUUCUUCUUGGAUAGCCUCAUUGCUUGGUGGGAGAGCCUGCUGCUGCUGCUGGCCUAUGCCCUCUAUGUGUUUGCCAUGAAGUGGAACAAGCAGCUUGAGGUCUGGGUGAAGGAGCAGCUCAGCAGGAGGCCAGUGGCCAAGGUCAUGGCCCUAGGGGACCUCAGCAAGCUCCCGUCUGUGCUGACCCGAGGGAGCAGCUCGGCCUCUCUGCACAACAGCACCAUGCGCAGCACCAUCUACCGGCUCAUCCUCCACAGCCUGGACCCUCUGGGGGAAGACCGUCCCUCCAAGGACAAGGAGGAGGAGAGCUUGAAUCAGGAGGCCAAAGCCAAGCCUCAGGCCAAAGCAGAGAGCAAAGCAGAAGAGGAGGAGCCGGCCAAGCUCCCUGCGGUCACAGUCACACCAGCCCCUGCUCCAGACGUCAAGGGAGAUCAGGAGGAGGAUCCUGGCGGUCAGGUAGAUGCAGCUGGAGCUGAGCACACAGGGGAAAUGAUGGGUGAAGAGGCUGAAGCCCCUGGGGAAGGUGAAACGGGAGAGCGAAGUGGAGGUGACACUCAACUAGAAGGUGGAGGUGAAACGGAAGCAGAAGGAAAAGAUGAACGUGAAGGUGAAACGGAAGCAGGAGGCAAAGGAGACAGUGAAAAUGAAGGUGAAAUCCAAGCAGAAAGGAAAGGAAGUGAUGAUGGCGAAGGUGAAAUCCAAGCAGGAGAAGGGGAAAUGACAGGUGAUGAAGGCGAAGCUGGAGAGCAGGAAUUCAAUGCUGAAAAUCAAGGUGAAGCCAGAAGUGAUGAGAGAGAUAUAGAUGGUGAAGGGGGAGGCGAUGGAGGUGACGGUGAAGAUGAGGAGGAGGAAGAGGAGGAGGAAGAGGAAGAGGAGGAGGAGGAGCAAGAGGAGGAAGAGGAGGAAAAUGAGGAGCCCUUGUCCCUGGAAUGGCCUGAGACCAGGCAGAAGCAGGCCAUUUACCUCUUCCUCCUGCCCAUUGUGCUCCCGCUGUGGCUGACGGUGCCCGACGUCCGGAGGCUGGAGUCGAGGAAGUUUUUUGUGAUCACCUUCCUGGGAUCCAUCACGUGGAUAGCCAUGUUCUCAUACCUCAUGGUGUGGUGGGCUCACCAGGUUGGUGAAACAAUAGGGAUUUCUGAAGAGAUUAUGGGUUUGACAAUCCUAGCAGCAGGCACGUCAAUUCCUGACCUCAUCACCAGUGUGAUUGUUGCUCGGAAAGGCCUAGGAGACAUGGCUGUGUCAAGCUCUGUGGGCAGUAACAUAUUUGAUAUCACCGUGGGAGUUGAAAGCUGUGAAAUGUUUCAGCUUGGUGCUAGUCACUAAUGGUGUGAACUCAAAAGGUGGUUUUUCUGCAGCUGAACUGAUUCUGUCUCAGGACUUCCAGAGAGCUCCAGUCCAAGUGUCCUGGACUCCACUGGCUCUACACAACUAAUCUGGGACCAUCCACUUUUUUCUUCUUUGAAAUUGGCUAGAGAAUUCCUUCAUUAAUGACAAUGUAUGCAAACAUACACAAAUACAUACUGAAAAUCCAUAAAUAUUUCUAACAGCCAAAGGAUACUUUUAUCAGAAAUUACCCAAAGAAAGUGAUAUUAGAAAUAAUGGGACGAAAAAUAUUUUUUAGAGUCUAUUUAAUAUCCAUGGUGCUUAAACAUUCAAUUUAUUGUCUGAUUUCUGGAUAUUUCUGGAUUUUAGAUUCCAUAAACUUCAGAUUCUGAAGGCUUAUUGAAAAAGCAAGCUCCUCAAUAUGGGAAAUUCUAUCUGGCUGUAUUUUUAGAGAGUUAUUAUUUUUCUGCUUCUGAAAAAAUAUUUUGAAUAUUUAUAUAUAUAAUAUUAACAGAAUACUCCAGUAGGUCAUAUUCCAGAGAAAUAUAGUACAAUUUGCAUCAUACCCAACAUUUUAGAUAUUAAAAUAUGGGUAAAAUUUGGAACAGAGUGAAUUGUAUGACAUAUUUCCCAACACAAGUGUGCACAGAGAAUAUUAAAAUUUAAAUUGACAUUUGGCUUUGUAAGCUCUUUUCCCUGUGUACUGUAUGUAUCUAUUAGCAAUAGAGAACAUUUCGGGAUCAUGGUAUGUUGAUUUUCUAGAAGCAGACCUGGAACCUCUCUGGCUCUCCUUCCACAAGGCUCAGUGAGUCAGUCUGAGCAGUGCACACCCUUGCCAUGACUCGCUCACUGCAAUCAGGCUCAGGAGCACUAACAUGCAAUCCUAGGACAACACUGACACUAGCACUGACAUUUCUGAAUCAUUCUCUCAAGUAAUAAAAAAAAUAUAGAUAGAUAUACAUAUAGAGAUCUGCAGCUAGACUAAUUACUUCAAAUAGCAGCAGAAAAGGAAAAUAAGCACUUAAAUUGCUUGCUUCAUAAAUUUAAGUUCAUUUUAAGUUUGCUAUAUUGUUUAAAAAU